AUGUCCAUCGUCUUUGUCAUUUUUCCAGAUACAAUCACACUUGCUGUCUUCCUCAAUCAAAUCUCUCUCUCUCUCUCUCUCUCUCUCUCUAUCUAUCUAUCUAUCUAUCUAUCUUCAUAUUAUUCAAUUUAUCUAUCUAUCUAUCUAUCUAUCUAUCUAUCUCAUCCAUUGAUAUCUAUCUGUCUAUCUAACUGUUUGUUCAUUUUAUUCAAUCUAUCUCUAUCUAUCAGCCAGUUUAUUAUUCAUCUAUCUAUCUAUCUAUCUAUUUAUUCAAAUCUAUCUAUCUAUCUAUCUAUCUAUUUUAUCUAUCUAUCUAUCUAUCUAUCUAUCUAUGCCUGUCUAUUUAUAUUCAUGUCUUAUGUUGGUCAUAUUAUUCAAUCUAUCAUCUAUCUUUGUUCAAAUAUCUCUAUCUAUCUAUCUAUCUCAGCCAGUUCAUAUCUAUCUAUCUAUCUAUCUAUCUAUCUAUCUAUCUAUCUAUCUAUCUAUCUAUCUGUAUGCCUGUCUAUUUAUAUCUAUGUCUUAUGUUGGUCAUAUUAUUCAAUCUAUCUAUCAGUUUGUUCAAAUCUAUCUAUCUAUCUAUCUAUCUAUCUAUCUAUCUAUCUAUCUCUAACGCCUUCGCUUUUCCCUUUCUUUUUCUUUCUUUCUUUUUUCGUUAAUUCUUUUUAUCCGAUUCUUUCUUUUAUUCUCUUCCUUUCGAUUACUUUUUCUUUUAUUCUUUUCCCUUUUUUCUUUUUCUUUCUUUUAUUUUCUUCUUAUCGAUUACUUUCUUUCUUUCUUUCUUUUUUUUUUUGCUCCCUUUUCUUUGUUUCAUUUCUUUCUUUCUUUCUUUCGUAG